AUAAAUAAGUAAAGGCUUGCUCUUCAGCCAAUGGGCAUCAAGAAGUAAGCACCCCAUAUAACGAAGGAGUUUUGGGUUCAAAGACCAUUGUUUAACCAUUUCAUUGUCAGAACGUGUGUAUAUAUAUGUAUGACAGGAGGAGGUGGUGGUAGAUGGCAGCUAAUUUUUCCGGUGAAGUGCAAAGACAGCCGUCGAAUUUGUCGCAACUCACAAUGUUGAGCAAAACUAUAAAGGUUUAAAGUCGUAAAAUCCCAUAUAGUACCUAUAAUGCAUUUCGCCUCUUCUCUUUCAAGCUUCCAUUUCACUUAUAGAGGCGCAAGUUCAGCAACAUUUUGUAACAAUAACGCAUUCGACGACUUCAGUAGCGGUUAAAAUCCUAUAUAGUAAUUAGAGACACAGAAACACCGCCAUGGCUGCGGCUCUUCCAAGGCUUUCGCUCUCGGGCACACUCCUGGUGCACCCCAAUCGGAAGAUACCAACAGCAGCGCUAACGACGUCAUCAGUGGACACCAAGCAGAGAUUGCCUUAUAACCCACAUCGCACCUACCCUGCUAAACCCCAAAAACCCCAACUUGAUCUGACUCCGACGCUUUCCACCUCCAGCAUAUCGGUUUCCGACCUCCUGAAACGCGCCACUCCCGCCCCCUCCUCUACCACCGCCAAAGGGACUCUCUGUGAAAGUGAAAUGACGUACUUGGGAUACGAGAGAUGGCUUCCCAGUCCUCCCAAGGUGGAGAAGCCUCGUUCUGUUUUCAACGCGGCAUCGUUGGCUUACAUUGGAGACUGCAUUUACGAGUUAUAUGCUCGAAGACACUUUCUUGUUCCUCCUCUGAAUAUUGAAGAAUACAAUGAUCGUGUGACGGCAGUUGUGCGUUGUGAGGCCCAAGAUGCGAUGCUGCAAAAACUUAUUAAUGAUGAUUUCUUGUCAGAACAAGAAAGGGAUGUGCUUCGUUGGGGGAAAAAUGUUGGUUCAUCAAAAACAAGGACCAAAAAGCGUGCUGGGGUGGCUGUUUACAACAGGGCCUCUUCACUGGAAACUCUUGUUGGCUAUCUGUAUCUGACAAAUGUUGAACGUUUAGAGGAGAUCAUGCUGAUGUUGGGCUUCUGUUCUGGUGCUUCUGACCAGUCAAUUCCAAAGGAAGAAGACAGCAACUAGAAUUGCGGGUUAUGUGAAUUUUCAAUGUCGCAGACAAUGGCAAUUUGGCGAUGGUGAUGACGAAAGACAAUCUCUUUUGCUCCAAAUUCUCAUAGUUGGCCCUUUUUACUUCUGCAUUGCCUGAUGGUAAAAUACAUUCUUAUAUUGCUCCUAGUAGUUGAAAAUCAUUUUAGGUCGUUAACUAGAAAGAUGCAGUACUAAAGCAACUCGUAUAACUUUUCUCAGGCAUAGAACAAUUUGAACGUUUGUUGAUAUUUUGGUACAGCUCCUUUUUGCACAUUGGUGUUUCAGAACACAACUGUCAGAUGCCAAGAUCAACAUGAUAUAGGCUAUAGCCAGGACCAAAGUACCCAGUGCCCAGCUAUCGUCUGAACAUCACUACAGAAGUUGAAAAAUCCGAAGCGGAUCAUGCUUUAAACUCUGCUCGAAUAUGCUUUGGAAUUUCAGUGUUCACUUUUUCUUGUUUGUUAAAUAUUUAUGCGUGAUCCAAUUUCUUUUGCUACA